CCAGUUCAAAAAUACAGUUUUUCAUUAUAAAUCUCCUGUAGGGUUCGAAGUUAGGCUCAACUUAGACCUACGGGGAACAUAUGGUCCUUCGAUCCUCAACGUAAAGUACGCGAGAAAUUCCGGUGCGACACGUCUUCAAAUUUGAAUACUGCAAACGUCAACGGUCCGUCCGGUUCCGCAAGCAAUACGACAAGUGCAAGAUAUUUGCACAACGGCAGCCCUCGACGGUUCCUGGUCAUCAGCAGAGCAGUAUCAACGCCGAGAUCAUCGUCUACGUGCAGCCCAGGGCCAGCAUCGAAGAUCCAGCGUCCAGGAAACGUCAGCAUUCAGCGUCAGCGCUCAUCGGCGUUCAGUGAAGAGGAGUCAUCAGCGAAAAGAAGAAAGGAUAAGUUGCGCCAUAGCACGAAACCGUGAGAUCGAUCCAUUUUCUUUCUUUUUUUCCCAUCACAUCACAUAUCAUCCGCUUUGCGAACCCACAUCCAAGCUUCGCAAUCACUUCUUUCAUAAUCCAUUUCGUAAAAUCAUCACCCAUUUUUCAUCUCUUCCGUAUCAGUAGUUAGCAAAAUCCUCAUUUUCAAAACUCAUUUACUAAGUCUACCUUCACAUUGAAUAACUUGUAACGUAUUUUCUCAACUGUGGUGUCUGUCAAGCUUUGCAGUAAAAUCAAACAAUAAAACAUUUGGUAAAAUAUAGUUUAUUAAACAUAAUUUUCAAAUCAUAAAAUCAGCAAACAUCAAUUCAUCAUAAUAAUAACAAUAUUGUGUAUUCUGCUUCGCAUUAACACUACGUAGAUAGCCACUAAUACUACACAAAUUGUCUUUCCUUGUUUUAAUUUGUUUUUUUUUAUUUUUUUAUUUCUAGGUCGGUAGACACCGAGUCGCCGACACGGCUCGGGAGUCGUGUGCUAUCUUCACAAGUCAACAUCUCGGUCGUAUCUCGGUUGUACCGUUCCUAUUAAUUUCUUUUCAUUUUUUGCAAAACACUUGAUACUACGUAACGAUUUUUUUAAUAUUUACAUCAUACUUAUUCUACUUAACUUAUACAAAACCCUUAAACUUACAUAUUCUAAUUUGACAAUACAAAAAUAAAGUAAAUUACAAUCUUAAACAUAUAAUUAAUUCAAGUCCUUAAAGUAAAUAUAUCAAUCAAUCAUAACAAUGUCUGAAGCAAAAAUAUCACAAUUAGUUAAAAGGCGUGGAACAAUAAAAAGUAAAAUCACUAGCUUUUCAAAUUACAUAAAUGUAGUAAAAGAUGAUUCAGUGUUGCCAAAUUCCCCGCUUUUUAACGAAAUUAAAUUACGCCUUGAAAAGAUUGAUGCCUUAUAUGAGGACUUUGAUACUCUUCAGACGGAGAUUGAAGAGCUUACGGAGGAUCCCGACCUGAGAUAUCAGGAGCGGGAGGCCAUCGAGAACCAAUACUACGUCGCGAUCGGCACGGCGAGGGCACUGCUCGAGCCGUCCCCUGCGGCCGCUGCGCUCGCGCUCAACGGUUCUGAGAGGAAGACACGGUGGCACACGUCACACGGGAAGCUGCGAGAGGGGUCACUUGUCCUUAUCAAGGACAAGUCUGCACCUCCAUUGAUGUGGUCGCUUGGCCGCAUCCUCCGAACGUUGCCUGGCAGAGACGGCAUAGCCAGGGUCGCCGACAUCAAGACAAAGAAGGGCGUUCUUCGUCGCGCCUACAACACCAUCUGUCCGCUGCCAACAACAUUAAUUGAAGACGAGACUUCAAGGCGGGCAGUAUAGUGAUGACAACAGAGGGCGCAUCGGCGGGGGAGCGCGGGGUCCCCGCGCCUACACAUAAAUACGCUGCCGCAACCGCGGCCGCCACUCACUCAUUCCGUACGACCAUCGCGCGCGCAUCUUAGUCUUGCUGUAAUAAUAUAACCAGUUCAAAAAUACAGUUUUUCAUUAUAAAUCUCCUGUAGGGUUCGAAGUUAGGCUCAACUUAGACCUACGGG